AUGUGUGAACGUGGUUGGGCUGGUAAAGAUCUCGGGAAAAGAGGAGCGAAACGCCAUCACAAGCUUCUCCGGGAUAACAUCCAGGGGAUCACCAAGCCGACCGUCUGCCAUCUCGCUCGCCGAGCCAAUCAGAGGAUUCUCUGUAUUCAGGAGGAUUUGUCGGACAUUUCAGCAGCCCUUACGCGCCAAUCACGUGAAGUCACCUCAUUCCUCGGGACCACAUCUCCUUCAUCCCGUACCCUGAGUGUCACUAAGAGCCACGUCCACCGUGUGUCUGGGCGUUUUGGCGUCCGACCACAGUCACACUGGGAAUAUUCGGGAUACUUCAAUGGUUUCUCUGAAGCCGAGAAGCAGGCGGGUCUCAAAAAUUUGCGCAAUCAUUCAGGCUACUUGCAAUUUCAUGAUAUGCAUAGAAAAAAAUUGUCACUCCACUUUUUGGAACACGUGCGUGAAGAAGAUAUCCGGCCAACAGACGCAGCGAACGAGCAAGAUAACAGUUUGGCGGGAGACGCAAAGCGAAUUUACAGGAAGAAAACAUACUAUUCGCAUGCCUCCCCCAUCAGCAGUAUCGCCGUUACACUAUCACUAGACCGUGAUUUGCCUUUAAAGUAUGGUGCAUUGAUUAAGGACACUACUGUGUUCCAAGACACACAGCCGGACGGACUUCGGUCUUUGAUCUUGUCUCAUGCGACAAAUUCACUUUUAUACGGACACCAAGGUAGUCGAUGGUUAGAGUACAAACCUAGUGAUGGGAAGUACCGUAGUUUGCGUCGAACCCCGGCACUUCGACCACUCCUGCUAGGCUUGGACGGUAUGUCAACAAACUUACAUUCCUCGGGUGACCCACACAAGGCUUCUGUCUGGCCGAAUGUUAUGCCGAUUAGUUGA